CCCCUACUUCUCUCCCCUCAACAACAACAACAACAAAAUCAAAACCCUCAAUUUCUCACACACAACCUUGAAUUGAAUUCAUUUCCAGAAACCCAAAUUCAAAAAAAGCUUAAACUUAACAAAUAUGAAUUCAGCUUGCAAAGCUUGGAUUGUGGCAUCAAGCAUAGCUGCAGUGGAGACCCUGAAAGACCAAGGGGUUUGCAGGUGGAAUUUUGUUAUAAGGUCAAUGCAUCAACAUGCCAAGAACAAUAUCAGGUCUUAUUAUCAGGCCAAGAAGCUUUCUGCUCAAUCUUCUUCUGCUAUUUCUAAUACCAUUUUGCCGUCCAAGGAAAAGUCUAUGAGAAAAGUCCUGGAUUUGAGCUGCUGGGGUCCCAAUACCAUUAGAUUUUAGUGUGUUGCUUCAAGAUACGUAAUUCCAUUUUUCCGUGAGAUGAUUUCUAGCUUAAUUAGAGAUUGUAAAACUUUCUUUACUUGCCAUUGUUGUUUAUCUUAUUAAAGCAAAUUAAUGGUCAAAUUUCUAUAUAUUAUUGACA